AGGCAAAAAGAACUGCGACACCCCACGCGCCCGGCCGACGCCCCAACAACAGACUCCGAACCGAAGCUUCCUGUCACCAUGUCUCGUUUCUUCGCCGGCGACAGCUCCAGCGAGAGCUCUUCCGAGGAGGAGGAGCUCUACUCCGAGGAGGAGCAGUCAGAGGAGGAGUCCAGCUCCGAGGAGGAAGAGAGUGAGGAGGAGUCUAGCGACGAGGACGAGGGUGGCCGUGGUGCCUCGAAGUUCUUGAAGGAUAUUUCCGAUGAGGAAAGUGACGAGGAAGACACUGGAGUCACCAUCGUCAAGAGCGCAAAAGACAAGCGGUAUGAAGAACUCGAGGGCACCAUCCGGUUGAUCGAGAAUGCCGAGAAGAUCAACGACUGGGCAGUUAUUUCUUCCGAGUUCGACAAGAUGAACCGCCAGGUUCCCGGCCUGACGAGGCAAAAUGAUGGCAAGGUCCCGAAGCUGUACGUCAAGGCGAUCGCCGACCUGGAGACCACGAUGCUCGAGACUCUGGAGAAGCAGAAGGUCUCUCCCAAGAAGAUGAAUGCCACCAACACCCGUGGCUUGAACGCCGUCCGCCAGCGCAUGCGCAAGGUCAAGCAGGAUUACGUCAAGGAGAUCGAGUCCUACAGGGCCGACAAGGACAAGUACAUGGAGGAGAAUGUCAUCGAAGAGGCCGCGCCUGCUCCCUCCAAGAAGGCCAAGAAAUCGAUCGUUAGCGAAGGUGAUGCGGUUGCUGGCGCUGAUGACGACGGGUUCAUCACGGUCGGCGCCGGCGGCAAAGCCGUGCAGUACACCCCCGAAAGCAUUCUCAAGCACCUCCGCGCUAUCGUCGAGUCUCGUGGCCGUAAGAACACCGACCGCCUUGAGCAGAUCCGAGUCAUGGAAAAGCUGCUUGAUGUCGCUGCCAACGAAUACCAGAAGGUCCGAGUUCUGUUAACGCUGAUCCCGACCCGCUUUGAUCUGAGCUCUGGUACAGGCAACCAGAUGUCUCAGGAGCAGUGGAGACUGGCCGCCCAGGAAUUCAAGUUGCUCCUUGAAAUUCUCGAGAGCAGCAAUGAACUGGUUGUUAUUGAGGGCGCCGAAGAGUGGGAAGACGACGACAAGCAGCCUCCGAUUACCGACGGCGAGACCUUCAAGAUGCCCGGCAGCAUCACCUCUUUCGUGGAGAGACUAGACGACGAGCUCACCCGUGCUCUUCAGCAAAUUGACCCGCACACGGCCGAGUACGUCGAGAGGCUGACGGACGAGACUGCUCUCUACGCUGGCAUUGCUCGGGCUAUGCUGUAUGUUGAGACUGUCAAGGACAAGCACCAGGGUCCCCAGGAGAGCAUCAACAGGAUCAUCAUGCGCCGCCUGGAGCACCUGUACUUCAAGCCUGCUCAGGUUGUCACGAUCCUCGAGGAGAACACCUGGAAGAGCAUGCCGGAAUCUUUGAACUCCUCGAUCACCUCGCGUUCCCAGGCAUCCGAUAUCCACAGCCUCGUCUCCACUCUGUGCACGUACCUGUUCCAGCACAGCGAGGGCAUCAUUAGGGCCCGCGCCAUGCUGUGCCAGAUCUAUUUCCUUGCGCUGCAUGAUCACUACUACAAGGCUCGUGACAUGAUGCUCAUGUCUCACCUCCAGGAGACUAUCUCCAACUUUGAUGUCAACUCCCAGAUUCUCUUCAACCGCACUCUGGUUCAGGUCGGUCUUUGCGCUUUCAGGGCUGGUCUCGUCUACGAGGCGCAGACCUCCCUCCAGGAAAUCUGCGGCAGCAACAGGCAGAAGGAACUCUUGGCCCAGGGCCUUCAAAUGCAGCGUUACUCCCAAAUUUCUCCCGAACAGGAGCGCCUGGAGAGGCAGCGCCAGCUCCCCUUCCACAUGCACAUUAACCUGGAGCUUCUGGAGUGCGUCUACCUCACCUGUUCCAUGCUUCUGGAAAUCCCCCUGCUUGCCCAAGUUGGCUCUUCCCCCGACGUCAGGAAGAGGGUCAUCAGCAAGACCUACCGUCGUCUGUUAGAGUACCAUGAGCGCCAGAUCUUCACCGGUCCCCCGGAGAACACUCGUGACCACGUCAUGCAGGCCUCCAAGGCUCUUGCCGCGGGCGAGUGGAAGAAGGCUGCGGACUUCAUCAACUCCAUCAAGAUCUGGGAGCUCAUGGCACAGUCCGACAAGAUCAAGGUCAUGCUGUCCGAACAGAUUCAGGAGGAGGGCCUCAGGACAUACUUGUUCACGUAUGCUCCCUUCUACGACACUCUUUCCAUCAGCACACUGGUGUCCAUGUUCGAGCUGUCCGACAGGAAGGUAUCGGCUGUUGUCAGCAAGAUGAUUUCGCAUGAAGAGCUUGCUGCUGCUCUUGACCAAGUCAACAAUGCCAUCAUCUUCCGCAAGGGCGUUGAGCUGUCUCGUCUGCAGAGCCUGGCUCUCACCCUCAGCGACAAGGCCAGCGGUCUUAUCGAGGCUAACGAGAAGACCCUUGAGCAGAGGACGCAGGGCACCGCCAACGCCUUUGAGAGGCAAGGUGGCCAGGGUGGCCGGGGCGGCCGUGGUGGCCAGCGCGGUGGCCGGGGUCGCGGUAGGGGUGGUUCGAGCGGUAUCCCACGUGGUCAACAGUUUACCGGAGGAGCGCUGGGCAGGGCUAUUCAGGCAUAGAUUUGGGGCGGAUGAUUUUCGUUUUCACUUGCACUCGGGGUUCAUGUUGUUUUGCUAAUGGCUCAUGCGACAUGAAGGGCAUCACGCGUCAUGCUCGUUGAAUGGGUAUCAUCAGACUAUGAGUAGAUCGAGAAACAAAAGCAUUUACACUAAGAUUGCAUGUUUCGCUGACUGCCUUGUCGUGUAUGAAUGAUGGAGAUCAAUACAAUCAAAUUAGUUACUUUUGAGCUAGCAACGAG